GUUGUUGGCGGUUACACCGAAUGGAUUUCCUUGUUUAUACUGAGACUGCACUGGUAAGUGCAGUUGAAGGGUCCUGUUAAACAGUUGUUCCGUUUGCCUCCAUUUUUCUGUAAUUGAAGUUAUUUUUCAGCUACGGACCAUGAUGCCUUGAUUACAAUGUAUCCUUCCUUGGAUCAGUUAUAGCGGCUGUAUAAGCGCUGCUGUAUAGCUCAAAUCAUAGCACUGCUCGGUUUGACGUACCCUUCAUACCUUAAAUGUGAUGGAUGACUGUCUACCGUGCUAGCUCACCGUCCAUUUGAUUCAAUGGAACAACCACUUGUGUUCAACUUGGUUCACAUGCUGAUUCUUGUGUUCGAACGGCCAAACCACAUACAAUAAUUCAUCGAACAAUUCCAGUUCACGCAUUUGACAUGAUAACUGGAAGAAAACUUUGCUCUCUCCCGAACAUUUCUGGCAGCCACUCAAUGACUUGGAAAGAAUUGUCUGAGGCGGAUGAUCUGGCAUCCGCUCUCACAGUGGAUGUUUAUCUUCGGCUCAAAACUCAUAAAAUGACAGACAUGAAAUUACGUAUCCCGGAACGUAUAAAGGCAAAGUUUCGCCAUGCGUUAGUUGAGUUCCAACGCCACAAGUGUUACGAAACGGCAUACCACCAACUUACCUCUGAUUCAAACAUUGUUAAGCGAAGCUGGAAAUUAGAUACCCGAUUUCGGGAUCAUAUAUUCCGAUAUUUACUCCUUUUUGAUGACAGAUCCGGUGUGGAAAUCCGUACUUGUUCUAGGUAUGCUUCAGAGAAUCACGUAGGAGCCGCAAUUUUUGCCACCAAGGAUUGGCCCAAAGGUGCCAAGAUAAACACUUUAGUUGGUUGUAUUGCCGAAUUGAAUCACUCAGAAGAAUUGGCUUUCUUGAAACACAGGAAAAAUGACUUUUCUGUGAUGUACUCUUCACGGAAAAAUUGUUCCCAAUUGUGGCUGGGACCAGCAGCCUAUGUCAACCAUGAUUGUCAACCGAAUUGCGAGUUCACAAUAAAUUGUGAUGUGGAUGCCCGUAUGAGUCUGGAGGCCAAAACGGACAUCCAUAAGGGCGACGAAAUUUUCAUCUAUUACGGAAAGCACUUCUUCGACUUAAACAACAGUGCUUGUGAGUGCUUCACCUGCGAACUAUUAGGUCACGGCUUCUUCAGCAGAUUUGUCUGGGAUCAGACGCAGUCGGCAAGCGGAGACCGUUCUUCAAAUGAUAAGCUCACGCGUGGAGCGAACACCACUCCCAGUAAUCACGCACAAGAGCAGCCCCUCAACGAAAGUGCUUCAUUGAAAUCCGGCUUAGAUGGAAACGUUGGUGACCGAUCGCUAUGCUCUGCUGACGCAUCUACAACUGCGAAAGCUAUGAAUUCAGCAUUUCACUCAUCAAACGGGUCGCUGCGCAAAGGAUCCUCUACUGGCUUAGCCCGUCGCUCGUUAUCAUCGGCCUACUCGUUUCGCCACACCGGUUCUCGUAUGGCUCGCGUGAAAGCAUGCAUUAGGGCCUCUGCUUUGGUUGCGACUCGGGAAAAAGAAAAUCUAGGAACGAAUGUGGCACCGCUCAGGCGCAUUUAUACAAGCAAUUCCUCAUUGGACAGAGCAGAUGUCCCUUCUACACUUAUGAAGAAGCACCCGGUUCGCACACCUGGUGCUUAUCUUGCAGACACGGUCCCCGAUUUAUCUGCUCCGGAAGAUAUUGAUUAUCACUCGAAUAAUUUCGAAACAAUGAGGCCGUUUUGCACUUCCCAGAAACUUAUCGGUCACACAUUUUCUCAGCUACAAUCGGAGGUUUUGAAUGCGUUUGAAUCCGAGACCAUCAGCAGUGGUCUUGGUCCCAGUUGCAGCAGCGGUUCAAGCAGCCCGACACCUCCCCACUUGGAUCGCGUCUCAUCGGUCGACUCUGUCAGCAUGCCUAGUCAGUUGUCUACCGCGGCGAAUACACCGGAUACACAUGAACUCUCUUAUCACAGGCCACAAUCGCAGGAUCCGCAUUUUCAUCUUAGUCCCAUGCCCAAGCUUGUGGUUGUCCGUGCUGAACAUACACCUGAUCACGGUAAUGCGGCAGUUUCCCACAACCAAUCUCGUGCUUCAGCGCAUACAUCUUUCUCUUCGUCGACUCGCAGCGUAGAGCCCAUAUUGGUGAGGUUAAUGGAUGAAACACGCUCUGCGACUGAUUCCUCAUCCGCUUAUACGACGCCCCAAAAGGUCGACUCGAAACGCCUGACCCAUUAUGAUGCUCGUUUAAUCGCAGAAACCAAUCUCGUCCCACCUGGUUCCACUCGACGUCGCGCAAAUAAACGUCUCCCUGAGGAUUUUGAAGUCUAUCAUCCAAAGCGUGUAAAAACUCAAACACAGCUGCACCAUACCGGCAUUCGUCGACAUACUUGUCCCAUUCCCACCGAUCUUCGCAAAACUCCAUCCCGUUUACUUCGUAUGAUUUCAGACAACCCAAUGAGGCAACGCGGAUGGCGACUGCGAUCAGCAGUUUCUAAGAAUGCGAAGUUUGAAUCUGCACCCUCACCAAUCUCCCCAGUAUACAUUUACGAUUCAGAUAUCGUACACGAUGACCUUGGUUUGUUUCAUGAUGAUCACUACGAAGAAUCGGGUUCAAACAGUUCCGUGUCCACCAUCCCACUAUGUACUGACCUUUCCGACUUUGAUUCUUAUACUUCCCCUCCCCAACUCGAAGAAGGACGAAUGAAUUAUCAUGAUUCAGACUCUUCUGGUCAGAUCCAUUCUGAUCACGACUACAUCAAAUCCAUCUUCACCACCCCAGUGUGCCACUCACGUAUUUCAACCGGAAUGGGCCCAAUAGAUCCGAAUGUGAUUGCACCUACACCACAACACGACUUCAGUGGAAGACGUCUGGUACCAGGUACGCCGCCCCCUCCUUUACUGCGUCCAGUUACUCCGCCCCGUUCUUCAGAUCUUUCAACGUGCCUCCCUUCCCCACUCUUGCCCGAAUCUUCCCGAGUGUGUACCCCACGGAUGCUGGAUCGACCCAUUCUCUCCUGCUCUCCUACCGAGUUUGUAUGUGAAGGCAAGCCGUACCGGAGCAAUUCUCGCCCUAAUCCACCUAUUCGUUCUCUAGCUGCUUUGUGGUCCUCAAUGAAUCUUGCCUCUAAUCCGACUGUUUCCAUCGACCAGCGUCUGACUAUCACCCUGAAACGAAUUGGACCCCAGCAAUAUCAGGUAUCUCAGCCAAAUACUUUAGUCUCACUUUAGUGACCUGAUGUUCGUUCCCUGUGCAUAGAUCUCUUUGUUCCCUCUCUACACGGCGUCGUAUCCUAUGUAUUUUCUUGCCACCCACAAGAGCUAUCAAUCCAAACAACUACAAUUAUAUUCAGUUUUUAUUUCGUUAUUUAGAAAUCCAAUGACCUAAAUCCCUUUCAAUGUUCAAUG